AAAGUGAAGCAGCAAGUCAGUGCCGGCGUUUUCCAGUUUCCGAAUUUGAAAUUUACUAAAAAUUCCGAGAAGAUGCCGACGUGGCAGCAGAUGCAAAAUAGCUUGAGAAGUCCGAACAAUCCGGUGGUGUUUUUCGACAUCACGGUCGGAAACACGGAAAUCGGUCGUAUGGUGAUGGAGUUGUUCGCUGAUGUCGUUCCAAGGACGAGUGAAAACUUCCGACAGUUUUGCACCGGCGAAUAUCGGAGGGACGGAGUGCCGAUGGGCUUCAAAGGGUCGCCCUUCCACAGAGUAAUCAAGGACUUCAUGAUCCAAGGGGGCGAUUUUGUCAAUGGGGAUGGAACAGGAGUGAUGAGCAUUUACGGCGGCACUUCCUUCGCAGACGAGAAUUUCUCUUUGAAACACGACUCGCCAGGUCUUUUGUCAAUGGCCAACAGUGGAAAAGACACAAACGGCUGCCAGUUCUUCAUAACAUGUGCCAAGUGCAACUUUUUAGACGGGAAGCACGUGGUCUUCGGCAAAGUGAUCGACGGACUCUUGGUUAUGCGCAAGGUUGAGAAUGUUCCCAUCGGCCCCAACAACAAACCCAAAAUUCCGGUCACCAUCACACAGUGCGGACAAAUGUGAAUUGUUUUUUGAGGUGAAAUGUGAGAAUUGAACAAGAGUUAUUUAUGACUUUCCAGUGUCACAUUAAAAAAUAAUUUCCGUCUUACUAAUCCGUAGCUGUUAUUUUUGAUUCAAUGUUCAAAAGGGAUGGAAGUAAUAUCAAAUCUUUCUUUAAAGUUAAAUUUUGCACAAAAUGCUCCUCAAAUUCUUUAUUUUAGGCCUCUGACAUUAUCAAUUCAGAAGUAUUUUCAUUAUUUUGAUUAAUUGGUUCUUUACGUGGAUGGAUAUUUAUUAGAAUAAGAUUGUUUUUAAUGUUUAAAAACUACAGAAAAACUAGUUGAAAAUUUAGAUGAAUUAUUAUAUUGGAUUUUCUAUAAGUUGCCAC